AUGAAGUUCCUUUCCAUCGUCGCUCUCGUUGCCUUACCAGCUUUUGCAGCCGCCGUAGCAGUUCCUUUGGAGCUCCAAGAGCGCACAUGUAAAGGCCCUGGCACCCUCUGCAGCGGAGAAUACGAAUGCUGCCCUAACCUAGAUUGUGUUCAAAUCAUCUGCAACGACGUCCAAUAUUUCUGCGAGCCUAAAAAUGCGGCUCCGUGCAUCAACAAGCCUAACAGGCACCCGCCGACGCAGUAG